AUGGGUGGAUGUUUGGAGGAAGUGUAUAUAAAUAGGCAUAGGCUUAUUUAUGAUCACGACUUGAAUUUAUUUAUCUAUCUAUCUAUCUAUCUAUCUAUCUAUCUAUCUAUCUAUCUAUCUAUCUAUCUAUUAAAUAUAUCUAUAUAUCUAUCUAUCUAUCUAUAUUUAGUGUCUUCAUUCUAUUAUAUCUAUCUAUAUAUUUAUCUAUCUAUCUAUAUAUUAGUGUUUUUAUAUCUAUCUAUCUAUCUAUCUAUAAAAUCUUUUCUUUUUUUCACUCUCUCAUUCAUUCACUCACUCUUUCACUCUCUCUGUCUCUCUCACUCCCUCUCUCUCACUUUCUUUUUCAUUCUCAUUCAUUCCAUUCAUUCUCUCUUUCUAUCUUACAAGCUCUCUGUCUCUCAUUCUCUCUCACUCAUUCAAUUUCUCUUAUUCUCUCUUUCUCACUCUCCCCCAUACACUAUCUCAAUUCUCUCUUAUUCAUUCUCUCUUUCUCUCUUACACUCUCUCUUUCUCACUCACUCACUCACUCACUCACUCACUCUUUCAUUCAUUCUCUCUCACAGGCUCUCUCUCACUCACUCUCUAUCUCUAUCUUACUCUCCUACUGUCUCCCUCUCUCGCUCGCUCACACACACACACAAACACACACACUAUCCCAGGUUCAUUUACAGUACACGUACAAUAGCGGUACAAAGAACUUUAUUGAAAACCCAAUAUUCAGUCAGUCUCUCUUUCUCUCUCACAGGCCCUCUCUCCCUCCCUCCCUCCCUCCCUCCCUCCCUCCCUCCCUCCCCUCACUUAUUCACUUUUUCUCCUUCACUCUCUGUCUCACUUUCUCUUUCGUUCUCUCUCAUUCAUUCUCUCUCACGGGCUCUCUUUCACUCACUCUCACUCUCUCUAUCUUACUCUCCUACUGUCUCUCUCUCUCUAACCCCCCACCACAAUCCCAGGUUCAUUUACAUUAGCGCACCCAUUUCUCCUCCCCUCUUACUUGCCGACGACUACACUAGCAUUCAACCCUGGCUCUUUCGAAUCUUCUUCUUCUUCUUCUUCUUCUUCUUCUUACAGUGCCGUAUAUUAUUUUUUUUCUUGGUCACACAUUCCCUGCGUAAUUCACGAACAAGAUUAUCACUAAUUUUUAUUAGCCAAUAG